CAAUUGCAGAACGCAAGCACAGAACUGAAAGAGCUAACAAGAAGACCCAGUACUGAGACCUAAAUGUACUUAAAACUAACAGUCCAAAAGGUCCACAACAAUUUGAAUAGUUCUUUUUUUUUUUUUGGUCACAGAUGAGAGUGCAAAUAAAUACUGCACUCCUCAUACUGUUCCAGUUACAAUGACAUGCACAUAUAAUCAUUCAGAGAUCAAAUAUGGUAUUUAAUUAUUAUCCUAACCAAUAUUAAUAUGUAAAUUAUUGCCAACUCAGGCUAAAUUAAUACUAGAAUUAUUACAAAUUAUCAUAAUUAAGAUGAUCAGAAAUGAUCUGUACGUCUUCAAUAUUUUUUUUUAAAUGACAAGAAAAUUAGAGCCUUACAAAGAAUGAAACAUACAGUGACAUUCCAAAGAGAAACUUCUGCUAUUCUUAUUGCAAGCAUUACAGAAAGCCAAAUCACACAUUAGGAGAUACGCUGAUUCAUGCCAUUUAACAUGUGAAAUUCCCUAACAGUAUUUUCAGGUUCAGUCUAGCAUCACUUUCAAAAUGAUUUUUUUGCAAGUCUUCUUAUAGGCAGAAAGACGUUUAAGCCUACCAACUGACACAAAAGGUCUAGAAAAUAGCACAAAAGAAUUCCAACACUGAUAAAUUAACUAAAAACAUCCAUAAAGCACAAUUAACUAAAAAACAAACAAACAAACAAAAAAAAACCCCAGGAACUAUAAAAUAGACUAAUAAGCAUGCUAAGUGCGAUCUUCGAAAUGGAAACAAAGGACAUCAAACGCACUGACGCCUUCGAACUGUAAUAAUAGAGGAGUUUAUGGCCCCACAAUAAAGUCGACAGAAUUACAUGCAUUUGAUGUGAGGACCCGUUUCACAGGAUGUGGCGACGCCAGAUGCGGCCUUUCAUUAGAGGUGCUGUCUGGAUAGGCAAGUCUGCGCCAGUACAGCCAGGCGCAGUCACGGCGCAGAUCCUGUCCGAGACGACGCGCGUUGUCGGCUAUGACUUAAUGCGUCCUAGGAUGGAAAAUACAUUCAUGGGUCUCUUGCUGCUUUCGCAAUUUGUCGUUCUCAAAGCGGAUGACGUGAAGCUAGACGAUUUAGCGGCCAAGGUCAUCUCGGACUUUGUGACCUCAACUGAAUUCGGCACCGUGCGCUCCGUUUGCAAGCCCGUGCCAAACACGAUGAGCUUGUGUCAUGGUAUUGGGUACGAGCACAUGAGGCUGCCGAACCUCCUCGGACAUGACAGCGCGAGGGAGGCGCAGCAGCAGUCGGCCGCGUGGAUACCCUUGGUUACCAAGCAAUGCCACGGCGACACCAGGAAGUUUCUCUGCUCUCUCUUCGCCCCUGUGUGUUUACCAGAGCUCACGGCACCCGUGCGUCCAUGCCGAAGCCUCUGCGAGCGCGUGCGGGACGGGUGCCUGCCGGUGAUGAGCGCGUUCGGGUUCCCGUGGCCAGAUACGUUUAACUGCAGCCGGUUUCCACUCGGAGCACAACUCUGCAUCCCUGGAGCUGGAGAUGUUAGCCCUGUGGAUGUUACUGAAAUGUCCAAAGGUACGGUGUUAUGCGACGCCUGCAGCACGGCAUCAGAGGCAGAGAGCGACAUCCAGAAGAACUUCUGCAGCAGUCAGUUUGCUUUCAGGCUUCAGAUUGGCUCCUCUUCCCUGGAGGGGACGGAUCUGCGCCUGGUGUCUCAAGGACGGAGUCGAGUGCUUCGCUGGAAGGGCGGAGAGCGAAAGCAGCAGGCUGAUGCGCAGCAGAGGGAGCUCUGGCUGCCCGACGCGGCAAACUGUUCCUGUCAGGCACUGGAAAGCCAGCUUGCCGGGUCCUUGCUGGCUCUGGCACGUAUGGUGGAGGGCCGCAUGGUGCUCUCCAGUCUUGUGAAGUGGUCUCGCAACGAGAAAGAUCUGAGGAGGUUUAUUAGGAGACUGGCCAAACAGCAGUGCUGAAGUUACUGUCAGUGCUGAGUAAAGCUAGAAAAGUUAGAGUUUGCUGUUUUGGGUAAAAUGUUUUAUACAAUAUAACGCAGUGAAGAAAAUAAGCUCCUAGAAUAAAUAUAUGCUGGUGUAAAAUAUGUCUAAUACUGUAAUAACAUGUUUAAUAAUCUAAUAAUUUGGGAAUUAGGCAACAUCAUGACUCGUUAAGAUUUAAGAAAUAAGAUAAAAAUCUAGUUAGUUUUAUUAGAAACUCAGUACAUGUAUACUCUAAGAAUAUACGAUAACUAUUCUUAUAUGUAUUGUAUUAGAAAUGUAAUUUUUUAAAAGACAUCGUACAGGAAAUAAUUUAUGUAAAUUGUCAUGGUUGUGAUGAAACAUUGUUUUCAGCUAGUACUGAACAUCCGAAUCACAUCUCUUUAAAUAUUUCAAAGUAUCUAAAAAAUUUAAGUUUAAAGGUUACAUUAGAUGAGUGUUUAUAUUUUUACAGAGGAAGGCACGCUUUAAUGUAUUAAUGGAUAUAGUUCAUUUUACAUGUCUUGCACAUAUUUUACAUAUUACAUGUCAUGAAUACAUGGUGUGAAAGAGAGAACACAAGAAAACAAAGUUAUAAACAAAAAAAACAAAACAAAACAAAGAUAAGAGAGAAGCAAAAGUAACUGAAUCCGAUUCAUCUCACACCUGCUGCGGUGAGCGAUGUUCAAAUGCAAAACUCCACCCUUCGCAGCUAAAGGUAUGUCUGUUCUCACUUCAGUAUAGGUUGGAAUGCAGGUGGACACAAUAUGAAAAGGAGCCAAGUACAGGAGUGAAGUGGAGGUAAAUGUGAAGGCACGUUUGGGUGAGCCUCAUGUUGCAAGGGUCCGUUCUCACACUGCACUCUGUGUAAGAAGAGUACCGAUCAAUAAUUCAGAGCAUGAACCUGAUUGGCUGGGACAUGACUAGUCUCCCUCUGCCCACACUUUUCUCUCUUCCUACACACACACACACACACACACACAUACACACACUCACACACACACACACACACACACACACACACACACACACAAAGAAAGUCCACUUGUUCAGGUCUUAUCUGUAUCCUUUCCAUUUUUCUACAUCAUCCUUUAAACCAUCCCUUCUUGUCAUCUUUCAAGUGGAAGAACGUUCACAGGUGAGGCAGGCUAUUUCAGGUAUUUUAUGGACAGUGGGAUGGAUGUUGAAAUGUUGUGUACAUCAGUGUCGUUUACAUCACAACUGACCUAAGUACAGUUCUAACAUACUAUA